AUGGCGUCUUGCUCGGCCACGUGCACUGCGUCAACGCAAACGAUCGCAUCAAAGGUAAAACGUGUACCUCCUCUCUUUUCCGAUCUCCUUGAUCUGGCAAUUUAUUCCUUCGGUUGCCUGAGCGGUUUGCGCUCUAAUCAUAAAGUUCGUGGCAAUCCAGUGCUGGAAGGAGUCGCGGCGAUUCUGGGCAGAAUGGUGCUGACCAGCAACCCCGAGACCAAGGCAGUGUUUGAAGACAUAACACCUACAAGGCUAGGUAACUGAUUAUUUUUACGUUUGCUUUAUUUAGGGCCUGGGGACCCCAGGUAAGUGAGGCAACCCACUUAGUUGGGGUAACCCGCCUUUCCAUAUAACCUCUCAUUUUAAGUUGAUUGCGUUUACAUGAUAAGUGGGGUGACCCUGCCAAGGUAACCCUCCCAGCCGGGGUCAAAUCUUGCCAUGUAAACGUUUCAAGGUGGGGUAACCCGCCUAGCCGGGGUCGGAUUCGUGAUACAUCAAAUUCUCACAAAAUUCACUUUGGCGGUGGCUUUGCAUAAUUAUUAAAGGUAGCAAUACAAAGCCACAGCACUGAAGGUUGCAACGAGAGCAGCAAGUGAGUGUAGAAGAGCAUUAAUCGCCAAAAUGCAUGGUUUGCCAGUAUUUUUACUGUUUACAUGCUUAGCAACCAAUCAAUGAUCUUGAGAAAGUGCACCCUGGGAUGGCGGGGUCGUAAGAUUGCAUGUAAACGAGGGUUAAUAUGUAACCCCACCUAAGUGGGUUACCUCACCUACCUGAGGUCCCCCACCUCCAUGUAAACAGGCCCUUAGGGACAGUUUGGUUGAAACCUUGAAGGCUUUCCAUGGUUCACUUUUUCCCCACAUAAAGAAAAAACAAUAGAAAAUAACUUGAGUGUUAAUGCAGAUAACUGUCAUCGGGUGUCAUAGCUUUGUCCAGGUCGAGGGUUAGUACCUAUUUAAAGUUGCGGGAAGUUAAACAAUAAAAACAAAGUCCAUCAGACUUGCAGCGAAACCCAAAAGAAAUCCUCCAAAGCAAAAUUGGGCUAAACCCCAGAAUACUCUGCCAGUUAGAAAUCAUCAUCCAAUCUUAGCAUACACGCGCAUGCUAUUCCUCAUUCUUGAAGCCAUAAAAGCAUGACAAGUGUGCUGUAAAUGCACAUGUAGAGUAUGUCUCUUUCUUUGAGCCAUGAGCAAAUCAACAGCGCACAACCACUGCAGGACCGCGGACCGGAUUACUUACUGAUUAAACCACUACUUUGCGACUGAAGACCACGGUAGCACUUCAUUUCCACGCUUACAUCAACAUCAACUUGACGAGUUUGGGACUACUGAUCACGUUAACAGCACACUUUCAUCCUUGUCUGAACCCCAUUAAACACCUGUGGAACGUGGACCAUGGUCUUAAAUCUAAAGGCUCAAAGUUGCUGGGUAUUCUGAAGUUGCUUGCAAAAUUUCUCUAAUAUAUCUGCUGGUAGUGCGUGGUUGAAAGACAUAAUGCUACAGUACAUUUUUAUGUGUCUGUGUUAUUUUUGCUUGUUUGUUGCUGCUGCAGUUGCUGCCAAGUUAGAGUUUCUUUACCUUUCAUGAGGCACUGGACAUUUUGCAGAGUGAUAAUUGAUGUGAGCAUGAUCAAGAGCUCCCCUUGUUUCUGACUCGUUCAUUAGGUGUACACACACAUUUUAAUAUUUACUUCAUUGCCUGUAGGUAACUGGAGACCAGGGGAGAACCCCACAAAGGAGCUCCUGACCCUUAUCUCUUCGCGGAUUAAAAUGCAGCAGAAGAAGGGAAUCAUCAGGGAAGCUGAAAAUCCUCAAGUGCCUUCACUGGUACUUGAGGAAAAGCAGUCCUACUCCGAGGAGGAAGACCGC